UGUCUCACAUUCGAAUCUUGCCCCUACCAAUAUGGCGGGCAUGUUGAUGCGUUGGACAAGUUAGCGACAUCGGGUAAUACAAAUUCUACCGUUUACCGGUAUGAGCUUGUUAACUGAAUACACUUCCUUUUAAAGCGUAGUGAACCAUUUUAAUAGCAGAAUCAUACUCUGUAUAUUAAAUCUAUUAAAAUAAAGUUUGUUUGAUUCAAAACAAAGAUGGCCGCUUCCAUGUAAGCCAAGGUGCUGUAUGGAUAUCCAUACCAGGCCCUGCUCCAGGUCUGCUUGAGAAGUUCUACAGGAUGAGCCGCACCACUAAUCUCCUGCAGCAGAUGACCAUCUUCGUCACCGUGGUUACCGGUGGAGGCUGCGGGAUGAUGUACUACCUCAUGCAGAAAAACUUUGCAAAAUCUGAAUACUAUCAAUCGGCAAUCGAGCAGCUAAGUGAUCACUCCACAGCCAUGGCCAACCUCGGAGCACCGCCCUUAAAAAUCCACAAUGUCCAUCUCACAGAUGGGUACAACCGCGUUGAUCACAACUUCGCCCAGUUAAAAAUCCCUGUGACUGGGCCAAAGACUGGAGGCUACCUGUACACAACAUCCAGCAGAGACGCUGUUAUGAACAGGUGGCAGCUCCAGCGAGUGGCUUUGCAGCUCAAGACCGGGGAGACGGUCCAGAUUUUCCCCAGAACAGAAUCUGAAUAGCUUUUACACAUUUGUAGCUUGUUAGGAUGGUUAUGAAUUUCAGAUAUUGAUAAACAGAUAUGUAAAUGAUUUCAUUAAAACAAAUACACACAAAAAAUUCCAGGAUGUUCUACACAUUAUUAUGCCAAUGUGAAUGAAUAGAUGCUUUUGUAACUGACCUGAAAUUCAAGAGGCUGAAGAUUCUUGUAAAAAACAAUCUAAAGGAAAAUUGUAAAAUGAAGGUCUUGCGGUUUUUAUUAGAAAAAGUACAGUCUGUCCACAAGCAACUUUGCAAAAUCAAAGCCUUGCAAUGUGAGUGUGUAUACAUGAUUUAUAUGCUGAUAUGAUGACGAGCUAAUGGUUCUGGGAUGCAAAAAGGAAAUCCUCAAAUGGACGAGUAUGUGAAAUAAAAUAAAAAUAAAAACUUCUCUCAA